AUGUCAGUGUCAAAUCGUGUCGAAACGAUAUCCAUUCGACUUUGUCUUGUUUGAUUGUAUUGUAUAUGAAUAAAAUACCCUAAAUAAACUACUUUCAGUAUUAACACAAUAACUUUCUUGUUAAUUCUAGCCGAUGAAGAUCAUAAAUAAUUGAAAACAUGAGUACGAUGAACAUAUCUAUAGAGAAGAAAAGAUCCGACUGUCCUGCCUUACCCAAGGGAUGGCAAAGGGAAGAAGUUCUCAGGAAAACAGGCUUAUCUGCCGGAAAAGUUGAUGUUUACUAUUACAGCCCAACAGGUAAAAAGUUUCGCAGUAAGGCUGAGCUAGUUCGUUAUCUGGGUGAUAGUAUGGACCUGUCGUGUUUCGACUUUCAGCAGGGUCAGAUAAACACAAUGCUGCUGUGCAAGGCCAAGAAAGCACGCGCGCAGUUUGACUACAGGGGAGUUCGAUCUGAUGCCUCUUUGGUACCUCCUAUUCGUCAGACAGCAUCUAUAUUCAAGCAGCCGGUCACUGUCUAUAAGACUCAGGAAAGCAAAGUGAAAACUGACCUCAAACAUGGUACACAAGAGAAACCAAAACAGUUGUUCUGGGAAAAGAGGCUAGAAGGCCUGACGGCGUGCGACGCGGAUGGAGUGAGAGGCACCACGUCCCUGCCCAAGUACAUCAAGCCCUUGGGGCCAUACAACUCUGAUGCUACAAUCAUUCAGUCCCUGGCGACAGCUCUACACGUUUCUUCUCAGCCCAUUACAGGCCAAACCGGAUCUAAGCAGUCCAUAUUGGAAAAUCCAGGCGUUUUUUUAAACCCUGAACAGCCGCUCAUCGCGGCUGUGACCAUUACGAAGGAUGACGUGCGGCGCCAAGAGGAGCGCGUGCGUCGAGCUCGCCAGCGCCUGCAGGAAGCGCUCGCGGUGGCAUAGGGGCACGCCGGCGACGGGGAGGCCAGCGCCGACCCCGUCGCCGAUUUAUCCGUGCCCUCGUCCCGGCUAUCGGACUCCGCUGAAGCCUCUCCGAAAACUGCGCCCGCUGAUAUGAGUGUUGAUAAUAAUGAAUGAAUUGAAAGUCUUUUAGAAGAAUCUGACGAGUUUUCUACAGUUUUUAAAAUAAUUCCAUAUCUAUCGUGGUCUCUUUUCGAGUUUUAUUCAAGUGUGAAUGAGGUAGAUACACUGCCAUUAAUCGUAAGUGUAUGUAGGUUAACGUAACUUGUCGAUUGUAAAUUAAAACAUUUUGUGUAGACUAUUGCAUGCUGGUAGACAAAUGUGUAUUUUUUAUUGUGCUGGUAUAUGAGGCAAUAUGUUUUAUUAGGAAGCUAGCUGUAGUUUUCAUAAGGUAAAAUUGUAGACUGCCGUUUCUUUCCUGGUUGCCAGUGAAUCUAGUAGACUGUGAUGGAAAUGACAACUCAAUCUACAGUACAAAAAUCAAUUUAUACAUUCAUCAGAGAAAUUAGGCAAAAUCGACAAUAUUUUUCUCUUAAAUAAAUUAAUUAAAUGAUAAAUUUUGUAUUGUAAUAAUAAAACGAUUUUAUAACUUGUGA